GAUUAAGCAAGGAAUGGACACCCUGUGACCUUUUGCUUGAUUUCAAAGGCCACUUGCAAACAACUGGCUCAGACCUUGAGAAAGAGCAGUCUGGGCAGCCAGCUGGGCAGGAAGGGAGAGUGUCAGAGAGGGAAGGAAGGGGGUAUCUCAGCCCACUGUUUGGAAUUUGGGUAGGGUGAUCAGAUGUCCUCCUUUUCCAGGGCAUGUCCUUCAUUCCAACAUUCUGUCCAGGUGGAAUUCCAAAGUGUCUUAUGCUGACCAUGACUAAGAAGCAUGGAUUUAUAUUAAUAUCUGGGACAAGUCAGAACAUUGGAUUCCAAUUUGCUUUGGAAGAAGUGUCUAGAGAGAAGUAUAGCGAUGUCCUCAGAAAAGCCCAGCAUGAACAAGAUCAUUGUGUAUGACAAGGCUGAUUUCGAAGGGCUUAGCAAAGAGUUUACCUGUGACAUCCCUGACCUGCAUGAGCUGGACUUUGGGAACUGCAUCUCCUCUCUGAAGGUCAUUGGGCAGCCUUGGGUAGCCUACAAAUCCCCCAGAUUUGAAGGAGAUGGUUUUGCUUUUGAGGAAGGGAACUACAGUGAGAUUGACAAGAGCAACAAUAUCUCAUCCCUCCGACUGGUCCACCAUGAUCUCUCUGAACCUCUGAUCACACUGUAUGAACUGCCCAACUAUGAGGGUCAAAGAAAGGUGGUGCAAGAGGAGACCAACCUUGCCUAUGGCUACUUCAACGACUGUGUCUCCUCCCAUGUAGUGCAAAGGGGUGUGUGGCUCUUGUAUAAACACCCAAACCGGGGUGGGUGGUAUCAUGUCGCCUGGCCUGGGGAGCGCAUUCGUGACUACAAAACAGAGAUCAAUUUUGAUGACAGCGUAUCCCACCUGCGGCCCCUGCAGCCUGGGCGCCCCAUCAUCACCGCAAAACUACUUUGGGACCAGAAGAAGGUGGAGGACGAGAAGGAUAUCCUGAUUGAUGAGAUUGUGGGAACCAACUGUACUGAAUAUGAGCAAGCGUUCACCACCAACACCUGCAGGGAAUACACAACCACCGUUUUCCAGAGCUUCCACUUCAGCAACACCACGACCCUAAAACUUGGCUUCUCAUUCCAGGUCACCUUGGAAGCUGCCAAUGUCUUUGUGGUGCAGAAGGGGAAGCAGGAGUCUACCACCACCAGUGAGAAGGUUGAGGUUCUGCUACCUGCUAAAAUCCCUCCACAUACCCAACUCUGUAUCCAUGUGGUCAAGAAAGAGACCACCACCUCUAUCCCAGUGGAGCUCACCAUUUGCCAGAAUGGGAAAGAAAGGAAAGAGCAGGCAGAAUAUCGGUGUGUUUCAGGGCGUACCAUCAGCACCCGAUAUACUAUGACGUCUAUCUCAGCAGCACAGGAAACUUCCAAAAGUAAACAUACACCUGUAAAAGAAGGUGAGGAUUGCCAUACCCAGCCCUCACAUGUGGAUCUGAAGGAGUAUUCUGGAUCUGAGUCUGGACCAAUAACAUCAGAGGACAGAUCCUAAGUCAUGAUGAGGACUAUUGUGUUAUGGCUACUUCCAGACUUUAUUCAGUGAUGAGGAAACACAAAGCCAUAUUGGAUUAUCCUUAGUCAUGGUGUUGGUUUCUGGGUUUCAAGGCUAGGUGUUAUACCAAGGAUGAGCAACUUGUGGCCAUCCAGAUGUUUUUGGACUAAAAUCCCUAACAUCCCCUGUCUGCAUUGCUAAUUGUGAAGGAUGAUGGAAGUUGCUGUCCAACAACAUCUAGAGGGCCACUCAUUGCCCACCUCUAUUUUGAGGAUAGUAUCUCAAGGAAGUAAGUUAUGGUGAUAGUUAAGGUGGCAUUUUCCAUUUGAAAACUCAAGUCUUCUUUCGAGGAUGAAGCAACCUCAACAGAUAAGCUACAAAACCAAUCACAGAUCUUCUGAUCCCUUCUAUCCUGAAUAAUUUCUAUUAUCCUAUGAGUUGGUCGGUAAAAGCUCUAAAUUGGUGUAAGAUUAGUUCAGGCAUUUCUCUAAUCCUGGGCUUUAUGGUACCUAUCAUAGCUAUCCAGGUCAAAUAUUUAAGUGAAGAGAGGAAUUUUUGAUUAGUGGUCAGAGGUUUGCAGUAAGUGAAUAAAUUAGUUUCUGUAGUUUGCUUACAAACCAAACAUUGGGUUCUUCUGAGUUAACUAAUCCAGCUGUUCCUCAUUAAAGUUGCCCCUCUCAUCUCAACUGCUGGUGCUUUCUUUUAUUGUUUAAUGAAGACCUCUGUUUUUGUUUCCUUAAAAUCGCAAUCUGGUUUUCAUGGGAAUACAGGCUGGGUAUCCCUUAUUUGGAAUUCUGAAAUUUGAAAUACUCCAAAAUCCAAAAUUGUCCACAUGGGUGGCUGAGAUAGUGACGGCUUCACUUUCUAAGGGUUCAGUUACAGAAACUUGGUUUCAUGCACAACA